UUCUAGUCGAGAAGUCGAAAUUUCAACAUGGCGACGCCCAGAGACUACGCAGUAUCUCUUAUGAACAACAUUGAUUCGUUCAGUUUAGAGAUGCAAGCGCUACAUUAACAUGAACAUUAGAGGCGUUGUUACAUGUGUGUCUUGUAAAAUACGCAUGUUUCCACCACAUCUUACUGCUGUUGUUGCGAGGAGCGGCCAUAUUGAAACACGAAGUCGACCUUACAAGUCGUAACUGGGGGUAGUUGGAGUUGCGCCUGAUUUCCCAGUGGGAAAUCCAACUUUGAAGGGCGUAUCGGUUGAUUCUUCCCGACUGGGAAGUCGUAAUUUCCCACUUCCGAGUACAACUGGAACUAAAUAUCAGGUUCUGCCUCCUCUGAGAAGGAUCUUAUGACCGAAUUGAGAAGAUCCUAAAAGUGCUCCUUCCAUUACCUAAGAGUAAUGCCUGUCAGCAUCAACAGUUGCAGCCAUAAACAGUACUGACCCUUAGCUGGUCCCUCCUUUCUCUUUCUGAGUCGUUCAACAGUUUUCCAGAACUUUCCUGAGAACUUUCCUGAGGUCUUUCCAGAUUCCUCUUACACCCAAAUUGUUGCUUUCAAAGCCACAAUAGCUGCUGUCUUUCUUCCCACCUGGUGCCAGUCUGCUGUUUCAGGAGUCCCAAAGAAAACCUAAACCCUGAAGGUUAUUUUUCUUUAGUGGACGGUUUCCAAUGCCAGUGUCUACAAACACGUUUUUCCGGUUGCUGCCAGCAGUGGGAGGUUAUGGCGGUGGAGGCCGAGGUGCUGGGACCGGCGGUUUGGUACCAGGAGGAGUGGGAACGGGCAGCCUUGGCUACGGAGGGCUGCCAGCAGGACAAGGAGGAAAGCCUCCAAAACCAGGUUAUGGAAAUCUAGGAACUGGGAUCGGCGGUUAUGGAGGAUAUGGCGGCGGUACUGGAGGGUUUUACCCGUCACAAAAAGCUGCCGCCAAAGCAGGUGCUGGCGCAGGAGUGGGACCUGGAGGUGCUGGAACUGGACCCUUGGUGCCCGGCGGAGCACCUGUUAUUCCUCAGACAGGCCUUCCAGGAGGAGCCGGUGGUGCAGCAGGGAAGAAAGCUGCCAAAGUGCCAGGUGUGGGUGUUCCUGGACUUUACCAAGGAGGAAUUGUACCAGGAAUUGGGUUUGGUGGCCGUGGAGUUCUGCCUGGGGUCGCUACUGGAACAAACCUAAAUCCAAAAUCAAUUGGAGGACAACAGGGGGGCCAAGUCCCAGGAACCAGAGGGUUUGGUGGGCCAAUGCAGCCAGGUGUAUUCCAUGGUUACCCCCUCAAAUCACCCAAAGCGCAAGGGGGCUACGGUGCUAAACCUGGAGGUGGCAAAGUUCCCUAUGGUUACGGGAGUUAUGGUGUUGGUGGAGCUGGACUUCCAGGAGGAAAAGCUGGUCCUGGAUCAAAACCUGGUUAUCCUGUCGGAACUGGAGUGGGCCCUGGAGGCUUCUUACCUUCUCAAUCUAAAGCUGCUAAAUAUGGUGCUGGCGUUGGCGGCGUUGGAGGCAUUGGCGGCGUUGGUGGUGUCGGAGGAGUUGGUGGUGUCGGAGGAGUUGGUGGUGUCGGAGGAGUUGGUGGUGUCGGAGGCGUUGGUGGUGUCGGAGGCGUUGGUGGUACUGGUGGACUAUAUCCAGGGACGGUGCCAGGAGGAUAUGGGCCUGGGUCCAAGGCUGCUAAAUAUGGAGUACCGGGAGGAGUACCGGGAGGAGUACCAGGAGGAGUACCGGGAGGUGCACCAAUUGGAGUACCAGGGGGAGGUGGAUACCUCCAACCCGGAAAAGCUGCCAAAUAUGGACUAGGCGGAGUCGGGGGAACGGGAGUAGGAGGAAUAGGAGGAGUAGGAGGUGGAGGAUACUCUCCUGCAUCCAAGGCUGCUAAGUAUGGUGUUGCACCAAGAGUUGGUGGAGGAGUCGGUGGUGCAGGCGUUCCUGGAACACAGUUUCUACCUGGAUAUGGAUCUUUGGCAGCUGGUGCUAAACCUCCAAAAUACGCUCCUCAAACAGGCCUUGGAGGAGUCGGAGUGCCUGGUGGAGGAGGACAGGUGCUACCCGGCGGUGGCUAUGGUGGUUAUGGAGGCGGUGCAGGGGUCAAACCUCCAAAGUAUGGAGUUCCAGGAGGAGUCGGAACAGGAUUUGGAUAUGCAGGUCUGGGAGGAGCAGGAGGAGCAGCAGGAGGAGCAGGAGGGCCUUUUGUCCCAGCAGGGGGACAAUACUCUGCAGCAGCAAAAGCUGCCAAAUAUGGAGUUACAACAGGAGGUGCUGGAACAGGAGUGGGAGCAGGAGGAACAUUAGGAGCCCAAGGAGCCGGACAAUAUUCUGCAGCAGCCAAAGCAGCUAAAUACGGAGUCACAGGUGGUGCUGGGACAGGACUGGGAACAGGAGGACUGGGAACAGGAGGACUGGGAACAGGAGGACUGGGAACAGGAGGACUGGGAGGAGUACAAGGAGGUGGACAGUACUCUGCUGCUGCAAAAGCUGCUAAAUACGGUGGUGCUGGGACUGGACUGGUACCAGGAGUAGGAGGAGGGACUGGACUGGUACCAGGAGUAGGAGGAGGGACUGGACUGGUACCAGGAGUAGGAGGAGUACCAGGAGGUGGACAAUACUCUGCUGCUGCAAAAGCUGCUAAAUAUGUUACAGGUGGUGCUGGAACAGGACUGGUACCAGGAGUAGGAGGGACAGGACUGGUACCAGGAGGAGUAGGAGGAGCACAAGGAGGUGUCGGACCUGGUGCGACUCCGGACACGUCCGUCAGCGGCAUUGCAAAUGGCUCCGUAUCGGCUGUGAAACCAGGGAAGGAAGUAGGUGUUGGCGGAACUCCUCAGCCAGGGCCCACUCCUAUCGCUGCACUUAAUAAAGCCCCAGAGGUCCCACAGCCCAGCGUUGGCACAACUGGUGGACAAGUUCAACCCGGUGCUGGAGUCAAACCGCCAAAGCCAUAUGUACCAGUUCCAGGUGCAGGUGGAUAUGGGUAUCCAUAUGGAGUUCCUUACGGCACUGGUACCGGUACGGGUGUCGGCGCCGUGCCUGGGCAGGGAGCAGGAACAGGAGUGAAAUAUCCAGUUACAGGAGGCAGAGUAGGAAUCCCUCUGGCUGCAGGAGGCUAUCAAAGUUACGGUAACCUUGGAGGAGGAGGAGGAUAUCAGCCAGUUGCAGGUGGUGCUGGGACAGGACUGGGACCUGGAGGAGCACCAGUCGCACCAGGAGGUGGACAAUACUCUGCUGCUGCAAAAGCUGCUAAAUAUGGUGUUCAAUCAGGAGUUGGACCAGGAGGAGUUCACACAGGUGUGGUUCCUGGUUAUGGUGGAGGAUACCCUCAGCAAUACUCCCCAGGUCAAUAUGCGCCAGCCCCACUGACCCCACAACAAGCCAAGGCAGCAAAGUAUGGUGCGCUGCAGGGCUUCCUUGGCGGAGGAGGAGGCGGAGGAGGCGGAGGGUUCUACAGAGGUGGCGCUGCAGGAUGCCAGGGUAAAUACUGUGGGAGGAGGAAGUAGAGGGUCUCCAGAUCCAGUGACCUCAAGAAACCAUGGUGCUACUGCAUGAUCUAGAAUGUACAUUUUAUAUGCAAACAAAGCCCGAUUAGACAACCUGUAUAGAUGUUUGUUGUUGCUUACUUGACUUCAAUGUCUGUUUUUCUACAAACCCACCGACCCAGAAUUUUGUACACGUUCUGUUGUGAACAUAUGUUAUAGACAGUGCCUUUUGAUAAUCAUGUAUGUGUUCCAGUUAAUCAGCUUUGACUCUCUGUACGCCGUCACAGGAGUUAGAAAUGCUUCGUGUCUACAGCGAGUGUGUGUUUUUAUUGUGAUGAUCAGGCUGACCUUUGUGUUUUUAACCCCUAAAACAAGCGGACGUGCCUCACCCGUCUGAGCAGAACUCGUCGCCUCUCGGGGAGGGUUGGUUCGGUCAAAGCUCGCCCAAACACUGGUCAGAUCUGUCCAAUCUGCUGCCCGCUCUUCCUCCGCUGCUAUUUUUAGCCGUGCUGAGUGUAAAGCGGCAGGAGCUUGCUCGGGCCAACCCAUCUGCUCUGAGGUUUUGCUGAUUCUUGUCGCUGCGCAGUGGAGUCUUCUCAGCACUUUCUGAUCUUUGAAGAACAGAGAGAUGAACGCAAUUGAAUCGUCUUUCAAUGCUUUACAGGGAGAGAAAAGCAGCCGGCUAGAAGUAGAUGUCAGGCUGACAUGAACUUUAUGUGUGGUUGAAUGUUGAGUGUGUAGUCUCAUUUAUUUUAUUUUUUUUGUACCUGUUAUAAAUGUUUGGACUCAUAGCCUUAUCGUUAUCAGGAAAGCAUAAAACAAGAACAAUCUUUUUGCAUUUAUCCUCUGUUACUAAUUAUUAUUACAGGCUUUGUUUAAUGGGGGAGGAUGUGUGUUUAUGUGAGGCAUAAAAAUCCUCUUGUUUAUUUACUUGAGCUGCUUUUAUCAGGCUUUACUGACCAAAGGUUUCUGAGUGCUGUUGCCAAUGUGACCGCAUCUCUCCAUGUGUAACUAUGUACUGUAUUUUUGACUAAUUUUGAUGUUAGCUGGCUUCAGUUUCUUUCACUCGGGGCUGCCGUGAGAACUGUCUUUGAGCCUCGCCGGGUUGGACCAUGUCAGAUGUGACGUGGGAUGCUCUUCAUCUUUAUUUAAAACUGUUUUCAGAAGGAGGAACGGUGAGGUUUUGCACUUUUUUUUUUUAAAUGAAUCUCCACGACACAUGCGACUCGAUCCUAGACAUCCUGGCAAUGUCUUUGCUUUAACAGAUAACAAAAUAAAUGUGUUUAAAGAA